ACUCAUUUAACUACAAAUAUCACCGUUGAUCUUUCAAACCUGCAUAUCCUAGCCGUUGGAUCUUCCACAGUUGUCUCCAAUAUGAUCAAUUCUGUUAACUGAAGCCACGUCGUUGGAAUUUUGAAAGGUUUCUAACAGAAAAACCUGUAAUCUUGCCUUUCUCUUUCUUUUUCCAAUUUUCUCUCUUUUCCCCAAAACUGGAAAUACACAUCAAAACCCUUUUUCCCUUUUGCAACAAAACAUUUUAAUUUUUGUCAUUUUGUCCAAAUUCUUUUGUUUUUUCCAUUAAACAUUGUGUUUUCCGGUACCCCCUGCUUUUCCAUUCAACAUAAUUGUAAAAUCUUUGUGGACGAUCACCCGUGAGAUUUUCGGUUCAUGCAGCUGAUCCUAUCCUUUUGGGAUUAAGGCUUUGUAAUUGUUGUUGUUUUUUACGAGAAUUUAGAAAUUUCUCAAUGUGGGUUGUUAAGAAUUCAUCUUAAUCUUCAAGAUUUCCAUCAUCCACCUUGAUUCGUUUCCAACAUUAUAUAUUUUUCAUAUUGGGUUGAUUUGUUUUGAGUUUUUUUAUUGCAAUUCUCUCAUAAUUGGAUUGUUUUCAUUGGGGUUCAAAUAAAUUCCUGGGUGUUCAAUUGACAUCUUUUUAGGGCAAUGCAAUGCCCCCAUUUUUAAUUUUUGUAUGUUAAUGUUCAUGGGUAAAUAGCGGAUAAGGUGUUUGAGUUGCGGGAUGAAUGCGUACAAAACAAGAAUUUGAUUUUUGACAUCUUGAUAUGAAAAACCCUGAACCCAUUUGGGUAAUCAGAAAAUUAUUGAUCAUUGAGUAGAGAGGUGUUAAUUGUGUUUAGUAUGAGAUGGGGAACAACUGCAUUUCAAAGCUUACUAAUGCUGGGUUGUGGUGCAAGCCAUCAAAGCAGACGGUUGUAGAUGGUAACAAUAAUGGUGAUUUCAAAGGCAAAGAUAGGUCAAUAGAUGUGCAAUUCAAACCACCUGAGGUAGUGAAGAUUGGGAGUAAAUUAGGCAGACAAGAGAGCCGAUUAAAUAGACAAGAGAGUCGAUUAGGGAACCGGUCAAUUAGGCAAGAGAGCCAAGUGGUAGGGAGGCAAGAAAGCCGAUUAGGAAGGCAAGAAAGCAGCAGGUUGGGGUUGGGUUUGGGAAGACAAGAGAGCAGAUUAACAAAGCAAGAGAGUCGAUCAAGAAACGUGACUAUUACUAAUGUAGUAGGAGAUCAACAGGAAAAGAACAAGAAGCAGCAGCAGCAGCAUGUAAAUGUGAAGAGGGUUGCAAGUGCAGGGCUACAAGUACACUCAGUUUUGAGAAGAAAAACUGGAAAUUUGAAGGAUUUUUACAGCUUGGGUAAAAAACUUGGACAUGGGCAAUUUGGAACUACCUUCCUUUGUGUGGAGAAAACAACUGGAAAUGAAUAUGCUUGCAAAUCAAUUGCUAAAAGGAAGCUUAUUAACAAGGAAGAUGUGGAUGAUGUGAGAAGGGAAAUCCAGAUUAUGCAUCACUUGAAAGGGAACCCUAAUGUGAUCACCAUUAAAGAUGCCUAUGAAGAUGGUGUGGCUAUUCAUGUUGUCAUGGAACUUUGUGCUGGAGGUGAACUUUUUGAUAGAAUUGUAAAGAGAGGACAUUACACAGAGAGGAAGGCGGCUUGUCUUGCCAGGACUAUAGUCGGUGUUGUUGAAGCCUGCCACUCGUUAGGAGUUAUGCAUCGGGAUCUUAAGCCUGAGAAUUUUCUUUUUGUGGAUGAGUCUGAGGAAUCACCUCUUAAAACUAUUGACUUUGGGUUGUCCAUAUUUUUCAAGCCAGGGGAUAUCUUUAACGAUGUGGUUGGGAGUCCAUAUUAUGUUGCACCUGAAGUAUUGCGCAAGCGUUAUGGUCCUGAGGCAGAUGUUUGGAGUGCUGGAGUGAUACUUUACAUUCUCCUAAGUGGAGUGCCUCCAUUUUGGGCAGAAACUGAGGAAGAAAUAUUUGAAGAAGUCCUGCAUGGUGAUCUUGAUUUUGUUUCUGAUCCAUGGCCUAACAUCUCGGAUGGUGCAAAAGACUUGGUCCGUAGAAUGCUUGUUAGAGACCCAAAGAAAAGAUUAACUGCGCAUGAAGUCUUAUGUCAUCCCUGGAUUAUGGCAGAUGGCUUGGCUCCUGAUAAGCCUCUUGAUCACUCUGUAAUAUCACGGUUGACACAGUUCUGUGCCAUGAACAAACUUAAGAAAAUGGCUCUACGAGUAAUUGCUGAUAGGCUUUCAGAUGAAGAAAUUGCAGGGCUGAAGGAGAUGUUUAAGAUGAUAGACACAGAUAACAGUGGCCAGAUUACUUUUGAAGAACUUAAAAAUGGACUGAAAAGAUUUGGUGCUAACCUUGAAGAGUCUGAAAUUCAUUACCUAAUGCAAUCUGCAGAUGUUGAUAACAGUGGGACCAUUGAUUAUGGAGAAUUUAUCGCAGCUAUGUUACAUCUCCACAGAGUUGACAAGGAAGACCAUCUAUGUGCAGCUUUUGCAUACUUUGACAAAGAUGAAAGUGGAUACAUUACAAAAGAUGAACUACAACAAGCAUGUCAAGAUUUUGGCAUGGAUGAGGUUCACGUGGAAGAAAUUAUUCAUGAAGCGGAUCAGGAUAAAGAUGGUCGUAUAGAUUAUAAUGAGUUUGUUGAGAUGAUGCAAAGAGGAAAUAUUGAUUUGGGUAAAAGACAGAAACCUCCAAUUACUGCAGUUAGGGAAGCACAUCAGACGAGCUGGAUAUAAUGGAGUCACGCCACAAAAACUUGAAGUCCUUUUUGGAGAAGACAAACAAAUAUGAGAGAGCCUUGGUUUAUUAUCAUCUUUUUAGUAUCUGGUCCUCAUCAGUUUGAUUGUAAGGGAGUUUUUGACUAAUAGAUUGGCUGAAAAGUUAAACCAGAGAAAUACAAUGACAUGACAUGUUUUGAUAUCAUACAGGAUCAAAAAUGUUACAGAGAAUGCAGUUGGUCAGGUCAGUCAUUUACCGGAGUGAAAUAGCAGCUGACCGGUGAUAGUGUAAGUUUCAGAUAUUGUUGUUAUCAGAUUCAGAUCAGAUAUUUUGAGUAAAAUAUAAAGGUAGAAUUGAAGUUGUCUGUAAUCACAAAUGCCAAUUCAAUCAUGUCUGCAGCUGGGUUUGUGUACAACUAUAGAUUUAAAAUGAGUGGAACAUCAUUUUUAAGCUCUUGUUUAACAACACUUGCUGUAGUUUAACAAUGUAUAUUACUUAGAGAUCAAAUUUUCAUUUCAGGUGCAUUUACAAGCUUAGAGGACACUCAGAAUUUGUAUUCAACUUGUUGUAUAGAUUUUUUUUUUUUUUUUGUUUGUGUAUAAGUUUCUUCUGUUUUGGCCGAUUGAUUUACGAGUAACAUAUUUAUACGAAUAUGUCAGUCACUGAACUACUAAAAGUCCCGCUUAGAGUAGAAUGGUAAGAGGAGAAUUUAUCAUUUACGGCAUGCUUUUGGAUGAGACCCUGGUCAGCGAGCUAGGUAAUGU